GUAUAUGAAUAUCACGGUUAGGAAUAGGAUUAGGAACAAAUUGGUCUUCCUGUCUUCCAUAUUCCAUUAUUCCAUACAGUAUGGCAAGUGAACCCACUAAACCCCCACAAUCCAUUUAUGGCUUCACUGUUAAGAAUGCCAAAGGAAAUGAUGUCAAAUUGAGUGAUUAUAUGGGAAAAGUUUUGUUGAUUGUUAAUGUUGCUUCCAAAUGUGGAAUGACCAAUUCUAAUUAUACUGAGCUUAAUCAAUUAUAUGACAAGUACAAAGAUCAAGGCCUUGAGAUACUGGCUUUCCCCUGUAAUCAGUUUGGUGAUGAGGAACCAGGCGAAAAUGAGGAGAUUCUUGACUUUGUUUGCUCUCGCUUUGAGUCGAAAUUUUCCAUAUUCGACAAGAUUGAAGUAAACGGAGAAUUCGCUUCGCCUCUAUACCAAUUCUUAAAAUCAGGGAAAUGGGGAAUUUUUGGAGAUGAUAUCCAGUGGAAUUUCGCCAAGUUUCUUGUUAAUAAGCAAGGCCAGACAGUUGGUAGAUAUUAUCCCACAACUUCACCUCUCAGUCUGGAGUAUGAUAUAAAAAUGCUGUUGGGGAUCGUAUAGAUCGCUGCGCGCUCACUAAUAAUCGAUAAAGCAUCCUUUGUGUUAAUCGUUGAACAUAUACAUCGCUCGUUGUCAAGGUUUUCUGUUAUUUCUUGCUCCAAUUCCAGGGAUUCAAGCCUGAGCACUUUUGAUCUGCAUUGAAGAGUCUGAACUCCCAAGUCCCAAC